AUGCCAAUCACCAAUUCGCCAGCUGGUGACCAGAAGUCCGGUGGAGAAAAGGUGCCGCGGGCUGCGGAUGUGCCUCGUGGCAACACAGAUAGUGGUCGGCAAGGCACGAGCCAAGAGCUGGGAAGGCCAUCCGCCGCCAACGAGGGGGCGCGGCAGCUGGCCGCGCUCGAGGAAGCCAUGCGGGCCGUGACAAUCGAAGCCAAGGCCGGGCACCUUGACGACGAAUUGGUGCCUAUUAAGGCAGACAUGCUGGAGGGCAUGUAUAGGGAGGGCUGUGCCGUGCUCUCUCGCCUCGAAGCGAAGACCGGUGCGCCUCAACGCCGCGGCCAAUUCUGCGAUGCAUACGCAGCGGCGAGGGUUGCGCUGGGCCGCUUGCGGAAGGCUGAGACGGCGUCCAGCUCCGUGCUGGACGCGACGACGGCAAGUCCGGCGCCGAGGCCUGAGCAUCUGCCUCGCAUUGACUUGCCGAAGUUCGGCGGGGACCCGAGCGACUGGCCAUCGUUCGCGUCCCGCUUUGAGCGGCGCCUGUCCGGCUGGCAGGAGGACGCGACACGUUACGCGUACCUCCAGCAGUGCUUUGCAGGGUAUCUGCCGGCCUUGCAGAGCGCGGAAUCGUUCGAAAAGGCUGGUAUGCCUUUCGAGGAGGCAUGGAUGAGGCUCCAAGAGCGGUUUUAUAAGAAGCGAGUGGCCUUCUUGGGGCAUUUCCGUACCAUCUUGGAGGCCCCAAGACUGUCGAGCGCCUCAUCGAACGGCCUGAUGCGGCUCAUCGACGUGGUGGAGACGGCCAUCACGUCAGCCCGUCAGGUUGCCGGAAAACCAGAGGAGGCACCCUCUACAAUGGAGGACGGGUUCCUAGUGAGCAUAGUGCUGUCCAAGCUGGACGAGGACAGCUUGGCACGCGUUACCAGAAAGGCCGACCAGCAGCUCAUUCCAACGUGGAAGGAGCUGCGCGACGAGCUGGAUUCUAUGGCGAACCGGCUCUACUACGAACCAAAGAGGCAGAAGGAUCCGGCCUCCCGUGGCCCCCCAGCCUCCAAGGUUCAAGCAUCGGCCAUAGCACCGCGCAAGGCAGCCUACGUGGCUACCACAGCACCAGCGGCGGCUCAAUCGAAGCCGAAGUCGUGCAUCGCUCGGGAUCCGGCUGGCGUUAAAGAUGGCCCCGCUUCAUCGGCUUCCGCUAAGCCGAAAACGGCAGAUGAUCGUCGGCUGUGCUACGCAUGUGACAAGAUGGGCCAUAAGGGCAAUCUCUGUCCCGAGAUGCGUGUGCGGUCCGCAAUGGAAAGGGUAAAUCUCAUCAUGGAACGCGGGAACCCCCGCAAAUCCUCCCGUGGAACACCCUCGUGCGUCUCCCGUGACGACGAUACCACUACGACCAGUAUCGCCACCCUGUUAGCGACGGUCAUCGCCCGGGUGCUAGGUGCUGAUGGCCAGUGGCAUCAAGUACGCUGCAUUAUGGAUUCGGGCAGCCAAAUUGAUGCAAUUACCAUUGCCGCAGCGACACGGCUGCCGAUGCCUCUCCGGCCAUCAAGGCUGCAGUUGGAUGGUGUUUCCGGGCCACUCGCAGUUACGCGCGAAUGCGAAACGAUGGUGGCUAACUGCGACGGAACCCACAGCUUCCCGGUGAAAUUCUACGUGAUCCCGGAGCUGCCUAACCUCCCCUAUCGGUCGCUGAAAGGGAGCAAUGCUGGUAUGCCCACAGACUUGGACCUUGCCGACAAGUCAUACUACGUCAGUGGCCCAGUUGACGUAAUAUUGGGCGCCGGGGUGUACUUCGCCUCGCUCAUCCCAGGAAUGGGGCGGACUGAACGAGGGCUAACCAUCCAGAACUCCGUGUUCGGAUGGUUAGUGGGCGGAUUACUCCGUCAAGACGCUGCCCAAAAGGUCAGGUCGUACCCAUGUGGAGUGGCCACAGUGGAAGACGACCUCCGUAAGUGCAUCGAGCGAUUCUGGGAGGUUGAGGAUGCAUCUCUCCCGUGGAAUCCGGGUACGCCGUCGGCUACAGCACCGGAACUUGAGGCUUUUUUCCGCGAUACUACAUCAUUGGCGCCGGACGGCCGAUAUGUAGUGAAAAUUCCCUUACGGGGGGAGUUGAGUGAGCUGGGGGAUUCCUACCAGCACGGAGUCAGGCGCUUACUAGCACUCGAGCGUAAGCUAGAGCGCCACUCCAGCACAUAUGACGACUACCGCGCAUUUAUGCGCGAGUAUAUUGAGCUGGGACACAUGACACUAGUCGAACCGGAAGACGCGAAGCGGGUACGCUACGUUAUACCCCAUUCGUGCGUCGUAAAACCGGAAUCGUCAACUACCAAGCUACGUGUGGUGUUUGACGCCAGCGCCAAAUCGACCACAGUAGUGUCACUCAACGACCUCCAAACUAUCGGCCCGGUCCUGCAGCCGGAUUUGUUACGCAUCUGGCUUGACUUCCGGCUACACACGGUGGUAGCAACGGCUGACAUCGCAAAGAUGUACCGCCAAGUGUGGGUAUCAGACGAGGAUACUUGGAUGCAGUGCAUCCUGUGGCGCGACCAUCGUACCCAGCCGAUGCAAACGUACCGAUUGCGCACCGUUACGUACGGUGAGGCAGCCUCCUCUUACUUGGCAUGCAGAGCACUGCAAGAGGCCGGAGAGGAGGUACGUGCCAGUAGUCCUGCGGUCGCAGAUGCCAUACGACAUGGGUUCUACGUGGACAAUUUGUCGUUGGGUGCCGCCACAUCCGAAGAGCUACGUGUCCUCUGUUCGGGUGUGGAACAAGCGCUGCUUCGCCGCGGUAUGCCCUUGCGAAAGUGGGCCUCGAAUAUGGACGAUGUACUCUAUCACGUACCACCGGAGCAUCGGGAAGCUCCAGUGAAGAUCGGCGACCGCGAUGCCGUUCGCAUGUUAGGGUUAUCCUGGUGCCCGACCGAGGACACUUUCCAACUGGUCAUAGGCGACGAAAUCCUUCAGCUAGCGGAGAACCUGACCAAACGUGGUCUCGUCGCAAGGAUUUCCAAGCUUUAUGAUCCAGUUGGGAUCUUGCAGCCGGUGAUCAUCACGGCCAAGAUGAUAAUGCAAGAUCUGUGGCGCGAAGACCUCGCAUGGGAUGACUGCGUGUCUCCCGCGUCAGUCCACCAGUGGAACGAAUUCACGACGCAACUCCCGUUGUUGCGGAAGCUGCACAUACCACGGAUGGCUGCUCCUAGUGCCCCGACCACUAUACGCAUCGAUGGAUUUUGUGAUGCGUCGCUGAAGGCAUAUGGUUGCGUAUUCUACGUAACCUUCACGGACAAUCAGGGCAACCAAACGACACGCUUGUUGUGUUCAAAGGCUAGAGUAGCACCGCUGAAGACGACGACGUUGCCACGUUUGGAGCUGCAAGCCGCCCUGUUGUUAUCCGAGCUCUACGUGAGAAUUCGAGAUGCCUUCGACUCCCGUGUCAAGGAAACAUACUGGUGGUCGGAUUCGCAAGUAGCUUUGUCUUGGAUACGAUCCGACAACACUCGGUGGGACGUCUACGUGAAACACCGAGUGGCCAAAAUCCAGGUGGUUACUGCAACCGCGGACUGGCGAUACGUACCCACCAAGCUUAACCCUGCCGACAUAAUCUCCCGUGGGAUCUCGGCGAGGAAGCUUAUACGUCCAGAAGUGAUGGCCUUCUGGCUAAACGGCCCCACAUUUCUGAACUCGGGCUGUGAUGCAUUCCCUGAACCAACAACACCAGAUGAAGCAGUCGCAGCAGAGUUAGGAGCAGUGCAUUCUCAGGCCUCGGUCUACGUGGCUACCGUGGGACCCGAAUGCGACGACUUGAUUUCGCAGUACCGUCACCACUGCUCCUUCUCGAAAACACGCCGACACUUCGCCUGGCUUGGACGGGCGGUCAACAAUUUCAAGGCAGGCAUGGCCUCGCAACGCGCAAUGAACCCCGGUCUGGUCCCUACGUACGGACCAUUGACUCACGCUGACCUGGAGGAUGGCCUAGUGCGCAUUCUGCGAAGGAUGCAGGCGACCGCCCAUCCCAACGAAGUGAAUGAGAUGCUGACGAAAGGAUGCAUCACACCGACGAAACGCAUGCAACAUCUUAACCCCGUUUGCGUAAACGGAUUAAUCUACGUGCAAGGACGAUUGCAGAAUGCGGAACUUGCCGACGGCGCCAGGCUGCCGAUCCUUGUCCCGAAGUCCCACCCGUUCUCGAGGGUGAUGAUCCGGGACAUCCACGAGAGGAUCUUCCAUGCUGGAGUCUCAUUGGUAAUAGCGGAGUUCCGAACGCGUUACUGGAUGCGCGACCUGCGGCGGACGGUGUUGGGGGUGCUUGCUCGAUGCGUUCCGUGCGCAAAGGCUCGCCCACGCCCAUUCGCUCAACAAAUGGGCCCUCUGCCGGAACCUCGAGUGAACGCGUCGCCACCGUUCACACACACCGGCGUCGAUCUUUGUGGGCCAUUUGUGGUGCUCCCCGGUUUAAAGGGCCAUCGCAGCAUCGAUGUCUACGUGUGCAUCUUUGUCUGCUUCGCGACGAAGGCAGUACACCUUGAGGUAGUGGAAGAUCAAUCCACGCAGGCCUUCAUCUCGGCUCUCAUGCGCUUCGUGUCGCUACGGGGAAAACCGAGUGUAAUCCAUUGCGACAACGGUCGCAACUUCAUCGGUGCAGCCAGGGAACUGCAGCGCAUACGCGAUGCCUUCACCAACGCCGAGUUCCAACACAGCAUCAUCGAAAAGGUCGCCGAAGAAGGAAUGCGCUUCGCCUUCAUCCCCCCGCGCAGCCCUAACUUCGGUGGUCUAUGGGAGGCAAACAUCAAGGUGGCCAAGCGACUGCUAAAAGCCGCCGCCCACGGUGCGCAGUUAAGGAUGAUUGAGAUGCAAACUUUGAUGCAUCAAAUCUCAGCAAUCCUUAAUUCCAGGCCUCUUACUGCUGUCCGCACGGCACCCGAGGACGUCGAGGUGUUGACUCCAGCGCAUUUUUUGAUUGGUCGCGCCUCCUUCAGCACACCGGCGAUGCUGAGAAAUGACGACGCUGAGCCCAUUCACACGCGGUGGAAGCGUGUUCAGCGGCUAACCCAACAAUUUUGGACUCGAUGGCGGUCCGAAUACUUGGCGCAAUUACGUUGCGCCGCUAAGUGGACUCGACGAAUGCCGAACGCUCGCGAAGGACAAAUCGUAUUGAUCGGCGAUGAUAAUGUUCCCGUGUCUCGGUGGCCGUUGGGUAUCAUUAUCAGAGUCUACCCUGGCCCGGACGGGGCUAUACGAGUCGCCGACGUGAAGACAGGUAGUGGAGUCUAUCGGCGAAACGUCCGUCUACUAGCUCCCCUGCCCAUCGAUCCUGUGGUUCCUGCUACGUGCGGCGACCCUGACGAUCCUGUGGUUCCUGCUACGCGCGGCGAUCCUGACGAUCCUGCGGUUCCUGCUACGUGCGGCGAUCCUGACGAACUUGUGGUUCCUGCUACGUGCGGCGAUCCUGACGAUUCUGUGGUUCCUGCUACGUGCGGUGAUCCUGCAGAUCCUGUGGUUCCUGCUACGUGCGGCGAUCGUGCCGCGACGGCGGGACAUAGGGACGACGAGCCUACAGCAGGCGUUUGGGACUGA